CCUCCCCCCUAUUCCUCCUCCCUCCUCCUCCUCCCUGCAUCUCCUCUCUGUGCUCUCGACAGGCGGCAGGAUGGACGUCGUAAAUCAGCUGGUGGCUCAGGGGCAGUUCAGGGUGCUGAAGCUUCCUCUGGGCUUCAUCAAGGCCUUAGAAUGGUUGUUCGCCAUCUUUGCCUUCUCCACCUGUGGGAGUUAUUCCGGGAUGUUCCGGGUGAAGGUGGAGUGUAAGAACCGGACGGAAAGCAACCUGAAUAUAGAGGUGGAGUUUGAGUAUCCGUUCAGACUGCACCAGGUGUAUUUCGACGCCCCGACCUGUAAGAAAGGGGGGACGGAGCGUUGCUUCCUGGUCGGCGACUACUCCUCCUCGGCCGAGUUCUUCGUCACCAUCGGCGUGUUCGCCUUCCUCUACGCCACGGCGGCGCUCAGCAUCUACGUCUUCUUCUUCGAGAAGUACAAAGAGAACAACAAAGGACCGCUCAUCGACCUCGGUGUGACCGCCGUCUUCGCCUUCAUGUGGUUGGUGAGCUCUGCGGCGUGGGCCAAAGGUCUGUCUGACGUGAAGACGGCGACCGACCCGGACGAGGUCAUCACCUUGAUCUCGGCCUGCAGAGAUGAAGGCGAGGGGCACAGCUGCCGUGAAGUCCACGACCCGGUCAUGUCUGGACUCAACACCUCCGUGGCUUUCGGCUUCAUCAACCUGAUCCUGUGGGUGGGCAACCUGUGGUUCGUCUUCAAGGAGACAGGCAUCAUCGCUCCCUUCAUGCGUGCUCCGCCUCCUCAGGACAAGCCCGCCGCACCGGACGCCUACGGCCAGCAGGGGGCGUACGAACAAGACCCGUACGCAAGCAACCAGGGAGGCUACCAACCCGACUACAACCAGGAUGCAGAGUACGGCCAGCAGGGCUACGGCCAGCAGGGGGCGCCCACCUCCUUCUCCAAUCAGAUGUGAAGUGACAGGAAGCAG